AAUGGCAAACUUAAACCUUCUGACUCCAUUUCCCUCCACUGUGGGGAAUCUCCUGUUUCAAAAUGAAAUGUAAUUGACCUUAAAUGAGUUGCCCAGUAAUACCAGAUUAUAUUAGGACAUUUUGAACCACCUUUACUAUGUGGUAUGUGUAAUAAAGACAAUCGAAUCUUAGCUUUAGCAUUUUUCCAUAUAAAUUCAAUAAGCAGCUUUUGAACUUUCCCCAAAAUCUCAGCUGGUGGAGGUACAGGCACAUUUUGAAAAACAUAUAGUAUUUUGGGGAGUAUAUUCAUUUUAAUAACACUAAUUCUGCCAAUCAAAGACAGAGAUAAAGGCAUCCAUCGGUCUAUCAAUCCUGUUAUGUCAUUCAUUAGGAGUUCAUAAUUAGAUCUGACAAUCAAAUUCAACUUACGCCUAAUUUCUAUCCCUAAAUGUGAGAAAUGGUCCACUAUUUUAAAGAGCAAGUCACCCCCAAAUCAACUUUUUUUUGCUGAUAAACUAAAUAAACGAGUGUCUAGUCGUGCUGCAGACACGUGUAGUCAAUAAUUAGGUAAUUCAGUGCAUCUUAGUUAAAAUUUAAAUAUUCUGCCUAAAACUGUCAGUGUUGUGCCUUUGUCAGGUAAAAACUCUGCACUGCCUUUGAAUUUAAAUCUGCCACCGCUAUUGGCUAAGAGGUAUGCUAUGAUGUAAACUGGUCCUUAUGAUGUCACAAUUCUGUCGUGAGCCUGAGUGUGUGUGUGUAUUUGUCAGCGGCUCCGCCCUCUCAGUCUGCCAGGCAACAGAAUUUGUUGCAUUUUUCAAACAUGAAGUGGGAGUGGAGUUAGACUCUGGUAGGGGGUGACUUGCUCUUUAAAGGCCCGCACUUGUGGAGUUGGUCUUUCAGCUUCUUUCUCACUAAGCAGUAGGAGAGAGGAUUUUGUGUUGUUUAUAGUCUCAGCUGGUUUUUAAUAUAACUUCAGCCUCCUGUCUCCACUGAGCAAACAGAGCUGGCCUUUAUGUCACAGAGCCUGCAGCGAUAGCUGGCCCACCGCGCGCCUUGUGCAACAGAUGGCUGUUCAUGAUUAAACAGCUGGCUGAAGGGCCUUUCAGCUGGGGUGGGGAUUCUACUCAGGCUCCUGCAUGGGCAGCUAAGCAGGACCCAGUCCUCCCCUCCCCAGAUGGGAUCAUUCCAGCUACACUCUGGCUGUCACAGCACAUUUGCCUCUGUGCAACAGGCGGCAGGAGCUGGACACACACUACAAACAUGGCCGGAAAGAUCCAGAGUCUGACUGAGGAGGAGAGAGCCCAUCUACUCCCGAUGCUCCGCAACGCCCAGUGGGUGGAGGUGGUGGGGCGAGAUGCCAUCUACAAAGAGUUUAUCUUCAAAGACUUCAAUCAGGCCUUUGGUUUCAUGUCCAGAGUGGCUUUGCAAGCAGAGAAGAUGGAUCAUCAUCCUGAGUGGUUCAACAUCUAUAAUAAGGUCCAAAUUACCCUCAGCACUCAUGAUUGUGGCGGAUUGUCCCAGCGUGACAUCACUAUGGCCUCCUUUAUCGACCAGGCUUCUCUGAUGUGAUCAAUCUACAAAUCAGUUACCAAACCUGAAGACAUAACUUGAAAAACCCAGAAAAAAGGACCCACCCGUGCUAACAAUUGUGUAAGACGAGGACGACUUCAGUUAGCUAAAGACGUUUAGAAGAAUGGAAGCAAUCAUUCCAGAUGUUACAGAAAUGUUUUUGUUUUUCUUAAAUGUUGUCUUUUAAUUAAAGUGUCAUUGAUGGGACAAUAAAUAAAUAAAUAAAAACACCA